GUGUUAACCGUCAUCAUCAGUGUACAGCUGAGUGCGAAACGUAAACAUUAGCUACAAAUCGGGAAAUUGAAAGUGGGAAAUUUCUUGAAACAACACCAGCGAAGUUAUAAUCUGGAAGAUCUAAUCAACGCAACAAUGGUUAUCUGCUAAAUAACCUCCAAGGAAACCAUUCGGAGCAAAGAGGAAUCAUCGGCACAAAGUCGCGAACCCACACGCACACACACAUACACACACGGUGAUUCGAGUGCAUCGCAAAACCAUCCGCGGAAAAGCGUCCCGUCGCAGCUGGUUCUGGCCACGCGACCUGCAUCACACACACACACGCACGCACACAUCAUGAUCACGCUUACCCGGAAGAAGAAGGACUCGGGUGCCGGUGCGAUAGCGGACAAACGCAUCUCGAUUCGGGAGUUUCUGCUGGUGAAGGAGGUGCAAGAGCUGGAGCAGAACCUGCCGAGCACCUGCAAAAUAUCCUUCCAGGACGCGAAUGUGCUGAGCGAUUUCAAUCUGUCCAUCGCACCGAACGAAGGGUUCUGGCAGGGUGGUCGGUUCAAGUUUAGCGUGCACGUGCCGGAGGAGUAUAAUAUGGCGCCCCCGAAGGUGAAAUGCCUGACGAAGCUGUGGCACCCGAACAUCAACGUCGAGGGCGACAUUUGCCUCUCGCUGCUCCGACUGAACUCGAUCGACGGGCUGGGCUGGGCACCGACGCGUCGCCUCAAGGACGUCAUCUGGGGGCUGAACUCGCUGUUCACGGACCUACUGAACUUUGAAGACCCGCUCAACAUCGAAGCCGCCGAGCAGUACUCCAAGGACAAGGACAAGUUCCAGGCGAAGGUGCGGGAGUACGUGUCCGCGUACGCGCGGAGAUAAUCCGGAACGGACCGGCGCAAAAGACGACGACGAGUGUGCGUGUGAUAUAAAUUAAGAAGUUAGACCGGAACAAGCGACAGAGCGGAGGACAGCAGCCAGCAGCAUCAACUCAGUCAACUAGCUUCAGAACCAGCAACAAUUGCCACAUUGGAACUUUAAUCGCAUCUGGAAAUGACGUCUUCUAAUUUAUCGGUUUUUAGUUUCCGGUUUGGCUCCGCGAGCUAUUUUUUGUUGUGUACGGUGAAUGUAUUUAGAAGCAUUUUGAGGUGUUUUGUUUUGUUUUGGCGCUGAACUGCAUGGAAUCGUUGGACGAGUAAACUAUUAUUUUACGACUGUACGAUGAUGAAGGCAGGGUUUUAAAUUUCAAAGUUCCAUGCAGGCCAGAGCAAGCGUGCACCGGACAUUGAUUGAGUUUUGAAAAUAUAUAUAUUUUGUUUCUUUACUGUAA